CACUGUGAAUGCUCCUUUUAUCGCUAACAGUUUCCAUUUUUUUGGCCAGUGCCAGUACUUUGUAAUUGUAUUAGACUUGUUGCUUUGAAACUGAGUUUAAGUAUUAGCAUACCAUUUAUCGGAAGACAGACGAAGAAUUCUGGCAGUACACCAAGUAACAAUUUUCGUCAUGGACAUGAUUCUAAGCACUGCAAUCGCGGGGUUCAUUUUCCUUGUAUUAUUUCAUGAGGCCGACAGUUUCCAGUCAGCUGGUUCAAGCUCCCAGGUAACUGCCCGCGCAAAUGAGGCCAGCACCGGCUGGAACGACGCGGGGGUAAAUCUACACCUCAUUUUAUGGGUAACCUAUCGAGGACUUCGAAUAAGCGUUUACAAUAAGACGACCAACGCGGACUCAACCGCUUCGCCGGAAUAUUUUUUUCAACCAGCAUUAAUCAUCAAUCUGGCCAGCGCUACGAGUUACGUGAGUUCGAGAAAAAAGAGGGCGGAAUUCAGCUUUGAAGUGCUAAUGUGGGAUGCAGCUCUUGAGGAAUUGGUUUGGGACGCCGUCAGGCGACGACUGAAGCAAGCGGUGCCCAGAGCAAGCGUUGGCGUGCUGCCGAUCGAAGAACUUCGCAUUGGCACCCUGGAUCUCAGCCCGAAUUAUGAGGUUAUUAAUCAGUGGAUGCCCUACUCUCCGCAGCCACCAACUUUUACGUUUCGAUUCAGCUGCACCAGCAGUGAAACCUGUGAUCAAAUAGUGCAGGAAAUCAAGGAAACGCCACAGUUAUUUCUGUACGACUUAAAGGUUUCCUACAGCCUCAAUAUUGCUCGCAGUGCACGGCGAACAGUAAAAGUCCAGGCGGAGCACAUACAGGAGGGAAGAUUGUAUAGCCAGCUGAGACAACAAAUUCCAAAUAUGGAUGUAGUGUAUCUAACGGCCAACGAUGUCAACCAAAUGAUAUUGGAGAUUGCCACGAAUGUUAUGGCGACAGAGGUGAUGGACGACACGUUCACUGAACAAGAAUCGCUCCCGAUCGCCCAAAUUCUACAAGACAUGCUGCAAAUGACACAGCAGUCAUCAGAAUCGUUUCAGGAGAGAACAUGGAAUUCGGUUUUUUGGCGUGAUGAGAACAACCGGCCCGACCGAGUGACGAGCAAGCUGAACGAGCUCUACACAAAAGCCGAUGACCAAAAGAAAGUGAAAAUAAGGAAUGAGCUGAGUAAAAGCCAGAACAGCAGUUCCAGCGUUGGCGGAAAUGUCAGCGGUGGUUAUGGACCCUUCAAUGUUCAGGCAGCGAUGCAAACGGCCUCGGCGGACUCAAACGCGUAUGACAGUGCCAACGACAACGAGCAGUUUGUUGCCAUCGUGAGGGAAGCCGCGGGAAAGAGCGUCUGGGCCGGAGAGCGAUUUGUUGUGAAACCGAUGAAAUUGAUGCGCAUCAACAUUGCCCGGCUGCAAAACUCUGCCACGGUUACCACUGCACAAGUUCGUCUGUCCAGGUCAACGGCGCACCUGACCAGUCGAAUAAGUGUAUUGGCGGAACCGUUGAAUGAUACGGCCGCGAGUAAUAUCCCUACUGGAUCGGUGCAAAUGUUUUAUGGGGUGGAUAUUCCCGUGGGUUGGCUGCUUUGCGAUGGAUCUCCUGUUGACUGCAGCGUCUACCCGCAGUUAUGCCAUGUGCUGAGAGAUGUGAACGAAACCGACAUUCGAGCGCCCGACCUUCGUGGCCGUACAGUGAUCGGUGCGGGUUGCGUGCGGCUCCCACAGACUACCGACAAUUUCAAGGACUACGUGUUUUCCAUCGGCGAAACGGGUGGCGAAGUGACUCACAGGCUCACGGAAGGCGAAUUGCCUUCCCAUUUUCACGAUUACAGGAAACUCUAUCACUCAACAUUACAGACUGAGACGCUGCCUGUGCCCGUCCCUGCAGCUGGGGCGCCCAAAAAGAAUGUCCCCAUUGUUAAACCAGGGUUUGCAGACCAAAACCAGAAAACAGCAAGAACCGGCUCCAGUUCCCAACACAACAAUAUGCAGCCUUAUUUGGCUAUGAAUUUUAUUAUAAAAACGUGAAGUAGUUGCAUGGUUUCAUCAUAUAAUUUUUUUUUACAUUAAAUUUUAUGAAAAUCUACUCUGUAGGUAUAUCGCGAUAGUCGACGAUACGGUAUAAUAAGGUCGAUGCCGUGUGCACGGGCAAACAUAAGUGCUGGCUGCAUGCACGGGCUUUUGUUUUGUGCUUCAAAAUACUUAAGUAUUUCUUUUGAGGAAUACAGAUCAUUCUACGAACCGGU